GCGCAAGACGUGCAAGGCUGCGGCGUUCAAGGCGAAUGUGCAGCAGACGGCGCCCUCGAUCUCUGCGAAGCAGCAGAUAGGAGGCGCUGCGAAUCAGGCUACGGAGAUGGAAGGAAUCACUAAGCGGAUGGGGGAGCGCGCUGGCAUCCUGGCGGAGCUGCGCGGUGCGCAGCCAGUCUCGGUGCAGCUCGAUGGCCUCAACGAGAAGCUGGGGCGGGUCAAGGCGCGCGUCGAGAAGGCCGAGGCUGCGGUCGCGGCCAAUGCGAAGCAGAUUGCUGCGCUUCAGGUCGUGCGAGCUGCUGGCGGCGGCGAGCUGGUCGAGUCCUUGCCCAAGGCGCUCCGCAGCAGGCUCGCCGAGAUGGCGGGGAAGAAGGCUCCCACUGCAGAGCCUGAGAGCGAGUUAGCUGCAGCUGCAGCCCCGCCAGACAACUCCGAGGCCACCAAGCCGCUGGAGGCUGUCGAAGCUUUCGUCCUGGCGGCAGGGCACAAG